UAUUUACAAGGAAUAACACAAAGCAGUCAGUUAGUUAUCAAACCUUGCGAUAUAUCAACUUAAAUUAUUUUCCUUAUUUACUUUUUAAUUAUCGAUAACUGCCGGGGAGUACCGAGUGCGUUGUUGUACCUACUUGUUGUGUAGAACGGUGUUUCGCGUUUGCCUAAUACAAUUUUAUUAUUCAAAAUGUUGAAGUUGAUUUUAGUAAUAUUGGUCACGGUCACUACAGCGUCUUUAGCUUCUUCGGCGGGUUUAGGAGUCGAGAAAGAUAUAGAAACUGAGAGUUAUCCUCUUUUAAUGCCACACGUUCAUCCUCAUAGGGAUGAAUUGUAUCUAUGCACUCCAAUACGAAUCUCACCUCAGGAAGACUUUUAUAUAGUUGAAUUCCACCCAAAGGCGUCUAUGCACACCGCUCACCACAUGCUCCUCUAUGGGUGCACAGAGCCUGGAACUAACGACCCUGUUUGGGGCUGUGGAGAAAUGCAGAGCAAUGAAAUAGAUGAUAUGUAUAAAACGGCCAGUCCAUGUCGCUCUGGUUCUCAGAUCGUCUAUGCGUGGGCCAGGGAUGCUCCAGCGCUUCAGCUGCCCAAGGACGUAGGUUUCCUCAUCGGUAAGAAUUCUCCAAUCAAGUACCUUGUCCUGCAAGUCCACUACAUGCACAAGUUCCCAGAGGGGCUGACCGAUGACUCGGGAGUUUUUCUCAAGUACACCAGGGCUCCAAUGACACGGCAGGCUGGCGUCAUCCUACUUGGUACUAGGGGGGUAAUUCCUCAGAACAGCGUCGAACACAUGGAAACUGCCUGCAGAAUCACCGAGGGCAAGGUCAUUCACCCCUUCGCCUUCCGAACUCAUACGCACGCUCUCGGUAAAGUGGUGACUGGGUACGUGGUUCGGCAGCAUAACACCGGUGAUGAAUGGCAGCUGCUCGGCAAGAAGGACCCUCAACUGCCGCAGAUGUUCUACCCAGUCGAGAAUCAAACCCCUAUCCGAAAUGGAGACGUACUAGCCGCGAGAUGCACUAUGAAUAACACUCUUAACCACCCCGUUUAUAUCGGGGCUACCAACAAAGACGAGAUGUGCAACUUUUACCUCAUGUACUGGGUGGAGAAGGAUACGCCUUUGGACAAGAAGUAUUGCUUCACAAACGGACCACCUCACUACUAUUGGAAUCGAGCUCAUGAAAACUUCAACCGCAUACCAGACCAGGAAGCUAGUACCUUGUAAGAUGUACCAUUAAUUUCUGGUGAAUAUACAUUAAUAUUUUAUCACUAUUAAUAUAAAGCGGUAAUGUGUGUAAGAUUGUAUGUAGGAGUUAUAUCUUUAGCGUUAUUCCGCUGUUACACGAGCCUAUCUGGCCAUUCAACCCGAUCACAAUUCUUCCGAUAACACAACGAACUAUUGUUUGAGGUUUACGCGGUUAUUAUCAUAAUUAAAACACAUAAUACCGGAUCUGGCCAGGUGGGAUUGGGUCGUCCUGUGAUCAUGGCACUUGCAACAGUGUUGAAGUAUCGGGAGUCUCAUAUCCCUGAUUAACGCGGUAAGAACCUCGGAGGUUAAAAUGGCCACAUCAAAGCAAUUCAUCUAAAAAAGCAAUAUUGCAAUUUGUCAUUUGCGCAUAUAAAAGUAACUCCGCAAUGUCAAAUAGCAAUAUUGCUUUCUUCGAUGAAUUGUGUGCG